AUGAUUGAUGUUGGAAAAGUGUCAUAAAAUAUUCCAUAUCAUUUACACAGCACUUUAUGCUAUGGACAUUUUCUGAUGCUAACACUUAUUCGUAGUGCUGGUUGUGGCAUAAAUCGUUGUGGUUCGUUGGCAAUAUUAUGCAGUAGUCUUCCAUCGAAACAGCUAUGCCGACUAUUCACAAACUGGACCAGGCGCUAUAUAAAGUCCAAGAAUGCGAUGUAUUAUUUGGGAAGUGUCGGUGUGCUAUUCUUCAGUUUUGCAGUACUUUCUGUACCUGCAUAUCGAUUGUUUUGUGAAAAGACUGCUACCAUCGGAUUAACAAAGAUUGCUGAUGAUAUAGAACGCGUUGCAUCAAUGGAAAAAAUCAAGGAUCGAUUGAUACGCGUGUCUUUUAACGCUGACGUUCACUCCGCCUUGAAAUGGCAGUUCAAACCGUUGCAAAAAGAAAUUUAUGUACAUCCAGGAGAGACAGCGCUUGUUUUCUACAGUGCUUAUAAUCCAACAGAUAAGUCGGUGGUUGGUAUUAGCAGCUACAAUGUCUCACCUUUUCAGGCGGCGUAUUACUUCAACAAAAUCCAAUGUUUCUGCUUCGAGGAUCAGAUCCUUAAUCCGGGAGAACAGGUGGAUUUACCUGUUUUCUUCUACAUCGAUCCCGAUUAUACAAAUGAUCCAGAUUUGGAAUAUACGGAUAGUUUAGUAUUGAGUUAUACAUUUUUCGAGUCAAAACCAGAUAUUGUUUUGCCUGAUCCCUUCGAUCCAAACAACCAGCCCAGUAUAAAGCGAAACGCAAGUAAUGUUAAAAACGUAGAGAAAAAUUGA